UGAACCCGGACCAUAGGCACUGACGGGGACCUGACGUGAAGACAGGCGAGCGCAGGGCAGUCUGGGAAAAGAUGGCGGCGCUGAGGACGUUGUUGAGGGUCCGGGCAGCGGUUGGAUGGAGAAUAGUCGGGGGGAGACAGGCGACCCGCUCCCGCAGUGAGUUCACCUCAUUGGAGGAAAAGCCUCAGUUUCCUGGAGCCUCUGCAGUUUUUGUGGACUCUCUGGAGUUCAUCCAACCCAAUGUCAUCUCCGGGAUCCCCAUCUACAGGGUGAUGGACCGUCAGGGGCAGAUUAUUAACCCCAGCGAAGACCCCAAUAUCCCUAAGGAGAAAGUCCUAAAGUUCUAUCACACGAUGACGCUGCUGAACACCAUGGAUAGAAUCCUGUAUGAGUCUCAGAGGCAGGGAAGAAUUUCAUUCUAUAUGACAAACUACGGAGAGGAGGGGACGCACGUGGGCAGUGCUGCCGCCCUGAGUGACACAGACCUUGUAUUCGGGCAGUAUCGGGAGGCAGGAGUCCUGAUGUACAGAGGGUAUCCUCUUGAUCUUUUCAUGGCGCAGUGCUAUGGUAAUUCCUUAGAUCCUGGCAAAGGAAGACAAAUGCCUGUACACUACGGCUCUAAGGACUUAAACUUUGUGACCAUUUCCUCACCAUUGGCAACACAGAUUCCACAAGCUGUGGGUGCGGCCUAUGCCAUGAAACGGGAAAAUGCAGACCGCGCUGUCAUCUGCUACUUCGGUGAAGGAGCCGCAAGUGAGGGAGAUGCCCAUGCUGCUUUUAACUUUUCUGCUACUUUGGAGUGCCCCGUGCUUUUCUUCUGCAGGAACAAUGGCUACGCCAUAUCUACCCCUACUUCUGAGCAGUAUCGUGGGGAUGGCAUUGCUGCCAGAGGUCCUGGUUAUGGCAUCAUGUCAAUUCGAGUGGAUGGUAAUGAUGUCUUUGCAGUGUACAAUGCCACCAAAGAGGCAAGACGGAGAGCAGUGGCAGAGAACCAGCCGUUCCUGAUAGAAGCCAUGACAUACAGGAUUGGGCACCACAGCACCAGCGAUGACAGCUCUGCCUACCGCUCUGUAGAUGAGGUGAAUUACUGGGACAAGCAGGACCACCCUAUUUCUCGGCUUCGUCACUACAUGAUGCACAAUGGCUGGUGGGAUGAUGAACAGGAGAAAAUAUGGAGGAAGAAGUCACGAAAAAUGGUUAUGGAAGCUUUUGAAAAGGCCGAGCGCGAACGUAAGCCCAGCAUCCAACACAUGUUCACAGACGUCUACGCCGAGAUGCCGCCGAGUCUUAAGAAACAGGAGGAGUCCUUGAAAAAACAUCUGAAGGUUUAUGGGGAACAUUAUCCUAUGGACAGCUAUGAACACUAAUAACCUCCCGCCCCCCGUGCGGCAGAGACAAGGCUGUGAGAACGCGGUUACCUAGGAAUCCUGUUACAAGCAGCACCACACUCCAGCGGGGUCUCCUCCUCAGGGCUGCUCAUUUCACCUUUUUAUUUUUAUGGAAUAUAUCUGAUUUCUGCAGGGUCUGUAAAUAAUAGGGACCAGGGGGGGGGGGGGAGUUUUAAAUCAAGGAAAGAUCUGGAAUGG